AUGUUACAUGAUGGAAAGUUUGGUAUCUUCCCAUUCACUUACCAACAGAGGGCUAAAAAGAAAAGCAAAAACAGAGAUGCAAGGGUGAUGGAAACAAAGGCCGUGGAGAGUGUGAACAAGGAUGAAAUCAGGAAAAUGCUACUGCACAAAAUCAUUCCAGCAAUAAAAAGACAAUGGCAUCCUAGUCUUCCUAAAGACAUUUUCAUCCAGUGGGACAAUGCUAGGCCACAUCAUAUUCGUAUGGAUGAGGAAUUCAUUGAAGCAUGCACAUCAGAUGGUUUCAACAUUCAAAUGGUGUUUCAGCCUACACCAUCCCCAGACCUAAAUGUGCUGGAUUUGGGUCUUUUCAAGGUCAUACAAUCACUACAAUAUCAGUCAUUUCCUACUACCCUGGAUGAACUCAUAGACAAAGUAUAUGAGGCAUAUGAGUGGUUUGAUCCAAUACUAAACAAGUAUACAUGGAUCACUUUGCAAGGGGUCAUGAUGAAAAUUUUAGAAAAGGAAGGGGGUAACAACUUCAACCCACCUCAUAUGGGCAAGUAUAGAUUAGACAGUCUAGGUCUACUUCCAGAAAUAUUGGAAUGUGAAAGGGGUCUCAUUCAACAAGCAGUUGACCACCUAAACACUCUAUUCAUCCCUGUCAACCAAGAUAUCCCUGACAACACUCAGUAUGAGGUGGAUGCAGACUAG